GGGACCUUAUGUGGAUGUGAAGUCAGUCAAAAGGCCCAGCCGGGCGGGCUAAAACACAUUACCGGCUCAGCAGGCUGUUUAGGGCCCGUUGCAAGGUUAUCUGAGAGGGAAAUCGGGGGGAUAUUGCCGCUGAGUCCUUCGUCCAUGUCCAUUGUAUCCUUGCCCCGAAGCGAGAUGGGGGAUGCUUGCGGUAGUGGUGCAGUACUGGGUUUAAUUGUAACCAUAUAUCAUGUCAGCAUGUUGUCACAGUGACUUCCUGGUGUACGAGCUUGGAAAAUGACCCACUGCGGAGAUAUGCUAGGGACGACGGAAUUUUCUAUUUCAUCAUCUGCCCACUCUGUUUUCGUCUUCUUAUACCCGGAGGGUAUGCGAGUACGCUGGGAAGGCGUGGCAGGAAGAAACGAAAGUUCAAUUUCGUCAUCUGCCGACUCUGAUCUCGUCCUCUUGUGGAGGGUACGCGAAGACGCAGGGAAGGCAUGGCGGGAGGAGACGAUGGAAUUUGGCUUAAAGGUAACUUUUUGGCAUCGAAGGGAGCAUCGUGACACGAAGUCUCAUCGGGCUCAGGGAUAUUCUGAAAACGAACGUCUUCCUUUGCGAUGGGCUCGACUUACGGUCCUCCCGUCGCUUCAGGCGUCGAAUGAUCCAUGGAUUGGCAAACGUGUUUCAACUCGAGCAGAGGAACUUGAGUGGCAAUUCAACGGUCAAGGUGCUGAUAACGGCACUCCCGUUUUCUUUUCCGCUAACGAUUGUCGUUGGAAAAAUGCUUUACGAUGAUUGAGUUGAAGGCUGGGAUACGGAUGAAGUAGACGAUAAAGGAGAGAAGAGAGCACCGCGAGAAGUGGAAGCAACACCGCUCGAUUACCGGCCAUUGGACUGUAUGGAAGGCGCAUCUUGGGUCCUCUGUAAACAAAUCUCGGGCGGCGAUCCUGCAAGUGGAAAGCGUCCUGCAAGUGGAAAGCGUCCUGCAAGUGGAAAGCGUCCUGCAAGGAGCUGACGACGGUAGAAAGGACGCAGUAUUCGGCCCCUUCUGUUUGAACGCCUUCCACUAAGUGACCAUGCUGUUUAGGAUACGUCAACAUGCUCUUUUGUGG